AUGAAAGAUCAGAGGCUCUUGUUUUUCCUCUUUCUUCUCUUAAUUCCAUGCUACGGAGAAGAAACAGUGGCCGAGGACGUGGGGGUCCAUCAGAUAGAGCGCCUGGUGGAGCUGCUGACGUCCACAGAGUGCAGGGACCUCCUCACAGCCCUGUCCAGCCCAGAGGAGAACAUCUUCCAGCACCUGAAGCGCCUCCUUCCUGAGAACAACCGCCUGGACCCCAAACCGCGAGCCAGGAGGGACGCCUCCGAUGCAGACGCCAGGGAGGCGGAGUGCAGGACAGCGCUGACACACUGGCUGCUGAGGAACGGGGAGCAGAUGUACUACGACAGGCUGUCCCGCGGCCUGCAGCACAUCGGCAGGUCAGACAUCGCCGCGGAGGUGGGGAAGAACAUCAACCAGGACAAAUCCCUGAGUCUCAAACGCUACGUUGAGGGCUACCACAAACACGCCAGCCGGUUAAAGACGCUGCCCGCCCGCUCAGAGAGAAGCCCGCAGCCACGCCAAGACUCCAGAAAAACAGCCAGGAAGGGUAAGGUUCUCCAUCUGAUGACGCACUCUCACCACACUCGACGCAGCACGCUGUCACUUGUCGCUGACACCCUUCAGGGACCGGCUUCCCGGGAGGAAGUUGACAUUUGUUAA